AUGGCUGACAACGAAAACUUCUAUGUCCGUUACUAUUCAGGUCACUCGGGGCGUUUCGGCCAUGAGUUCCUAGAAUUCGAUCUCCGCGUCCUCGAAGAUGGCAGCUGCGCCGCUGUGCGCUAUGCAAACAACUCCAACUACCGCAAUGAUUCGCUUAUCCGCAAGGAAAUGUGUGUGAGCCAGGAGAUUGUCAAGACGAUGAAGAAAAUCAUCAAGCAAAGUGAAAUCAUGAAGGAGGACGAUUCGAAGUGGCCGCAGAAGAACAAGGAUGGUCGCCAGGAGCUGGAGAUCCGCAUGGGAGGCGAACAAAUUUCGUUUGAGACCGCGAAGAUCGGCUCGAUGGUCGACGUCGUUGAAUCAGAGGAUCCUGAGGGUCUGCGAGUCUUCUAUUACCUGGUUCAGGACCUCAAGGCCCUUGUUUUUUCCUUGAUCUCAUUGCACUUCAAGAUCAAACCCAUCUAG